UAAGUGACGUCGCGCGGGUCAUGCAUGCAUCCGACGCUGACCUGCAUUUGCUUGGGGCGCGCUCGACACGCGCACGUUAUAAAUUCGCGGCUCCGCAAGCUCGCCUCCUCGCCGCGGAGCAAAGAGAGCUGUGAGCUAGCAAGCAAGGCCACUCCAGCCUCACGUUGUAGUGAGCAGCUGCUGCUGCAGCAGGAGGAGGGCGGCACCAUGGGCGUGGGCAAGGUCCUGAACGACGUGAAGCCGUACCUGGCGAUGGUGCUGCUGCAGGUGGGGUUCUCCGGGAUGUAUAUCGUGUCUGUCGCCUCCCUCCGCCGCGGCAUGAGCCACUACGUCCUCGUGGUUUACCGCAACCUCGUCGCCACCGUCGUCAUGGCCCCCUUCGCGCUCCUCUUUGAGAGAGGAGUGAGGCCCAAGAUGACCGUGACCAUCUUCCUCAAGAUCAUGGGGCUCGCCUUACUCGAGCCUGGGCUUGACCAGAACUUGUAUUACCUGGGCGCGAAGCUGACCUCCGCCGGCUUCGCGUCCGCCCUCGUCAACAUCCUCCCGGCCGUCACCUUCCUCACGGCCGUCCUCCUCAGGAUGGAGAAGGUGAGGCUCCGGAGCCUCCACAGCCAGGCAAAGAUCGUGGGCACGGCUUGCACCGUCGCCGGCGCCGUGCUGAUGAUUAUCUACCACGGCCCGGUCGUGCAGUUCCCGUGGUCCAGGGGCCACGGCCACACCGCCGCCGCCGCGGUGGCCGCCACAGCGGCCAGCCAGAGCAGCGCGUCCUGGCUCAACGGCUCCAUCAUGGUCAUCGUCAGCUGCGUCUGCUGGUCCGCCUUCUUCAUCCUCCAGUCGAACACGCUGCAGAGCUACCCGGCUGAGCUGUCGCUGACGACGCUGAUCUGCGUGCUGGGCUCGGCGAUGAGCGGCGCGGUGGCGCUCGUGGCGGAGCGCCACGACAUGGGCGCCUGGGCCAUCGGCUUCGACACUCGCCUCUUCACCGCCGUCUACUCCGGGAUCGUGUGCUCCGGCGUGGCCUACUACGUGCAGGGGCUGGUGACGCAGGCGCGCGGCCCGGUGUUCGUGACCGCCUUCCAGCCCCUCAGCAUGAUCAUCACCGUGGUCAUGGGCUCCAUCAUACUCAAAGAGGAGAUAACCUUAGGAAGUGUGAUUGGCGCAGCGAUCAUUGUGUUGGGGCUCUACUCCCUCAUCUGGGGCAAGAGCGAGGACCACCUCGACAAGGCCGCCGCUGUCGCCAAUGGUGUCGCCACCGAGCUGCCCUUGACGUCCAUGGCCAACGGCAACGGCAACGGAAAGCAUGUGCUCGGCGGCCAUGUCACCGACGUCGAGACACCGGCUGUGAAUUGUGCUCACUAACCAGCCGAACGAGCUCUAUUGCACUGCACCCUUGUGCACUGUCUGUCUGUUAUGCGUGUGCCGUGUGCGUCCUGCGUAUGUACGAUUGUACAGUUCAGAAGGAUUGUGCACGACGGCCUCAAUUAAUCUCUCCUUUUUGUCAUUUGAGGGGAUCAGAUGAUCGUGAUGAAGCUUUUGUAUGAGCUUUAUGUACUGCUACCUCGAUCUCUCUGCUAUGGCAGAGAUGGGAUUAAUGUUAAUCAUUGUCUUAACUA